AUGGCAACAGCCGCCGCAGCACUUCAACAAGCUCCGGUCACAUUCCAGUCCCGGACUCCAGUCUCAACUCGUGUAAGUUCUGUCAAGCCAGUAAAGUUCUCCUUUUCAGGCGGAUUAAGACUCCCAAAGCUAUCUAUCAAACUAACUGGGAAACCACGGCGCAGCGGAGGCGGCGGUGCCUCCGGAGCUAAGAUGGCCGAUUCCGCCGCAGGAAGUUACGCCGCAGCACUGUUGGAGGUUGCAGUCGCAAAUGGAACACUAGAGCAGACUGUCAAAGACGUCGAAUUGGUCGAUCAACUCUUCUCAGAAGACAGCUUACUCAGUUACUUCGUGAGCCCAAUCGUAAGCCUCGAAGACAAACGAGCAUUGCUCGAUGAUAUCACAGCGUCAGGUAAACUCCAAGUACACGUCUGCAAUUUCAUCAACAUCUUAGUCGAGAGUAAGCGGAUCGAUAUGAUCAAGGAGAUCGUGAAGGAGUUCGAGCUGGCUUACAACAGGUUAACAAACACAGAGUUGGCCGUGGUAUCAUCGGUGGUGAAGCUCGAGGAACAGCACAUGGCGCAGAUCGCGAAACAAGUGCAGAAACUCACCGGAGCAAAGAACGUGAGGUUGAAGACAGUGAUUGAUGAGUCAUUGGUUGCUGGAUUCACAAUCAGGUAUGGGAAUUCUGGAUCCAAAUUGAUUGAUAUGAGUGUGAAGAAACAAUUGGAAGAAAUUGCUGCAGAGCUUGAGAUCGGCGACAUUUCACUUGCUGUAUGA